AUGGACCGCUACCCUUACGUCAAUAGAUACAAGCAUGGCGUGGACUGCCCCGGCUGGGUCAACGUCCAUGGCGCGCGUUGCGAAGAUUGCGUCGUUUACAACCGCUAG